CUCCAAGUCACAUUAAUUAAUUUUUCCAAUUCUUAAUUUAACAGGCACGUUCUUGCCAAUCUGUAUUUCAAAGUUCAAAGUUCAAACCUCUUUCAAGUCUUCUUCUUGAUUGAAACCCUUUCAGUUAUUAACACAAACUUGUAAGAUUAGAUUGAUUAUCACAGCAGCAAGCACUUGUUGUAAAGAGUUAUACAAAGUAGGUUCCAUAUGUCUGCAUCAAAAUCAAUUCUUUCUUGCACCAGCACUCUUAUUGGUGCCUCUCGCAGAGACCAAUUAAUUGCAAAUCCUUAUCGGCUUCUGCUUAUCUCAAAACGCAACGAGAAAAGGUCUUUUCUUGGUACUGAUCAGAGGUUACAGUUUCUCAAAACUGGGCCGAGAGAGCUAGUUGUCAACAAAAGAAAGAUGGAUGUGACUGUCCAUAGCAGUAUACCACCAGUACCUUCAAUUCCAUCUAAUCCAGCUUCUCCUGGUCCAUGCAGGAAACAUUGGAUUGUUGGACUGAUAGUGUCAGCAAUUCUACCCCUCUUUGGGAUCAAAUUUGGGCCACUACUCAAGCUAAAACAGGAAGUUGAUACUGUGGUGGAGACUGCAGAAGAGGUGGCGGAGGUCGUAGAAAAGGUGGCGGAGGAAGUAGAUAAAGUAGCAGAAGAAAUUUCAGAGCACCUUCCAGAAGGAGGAAAACUUAGAGUCGCUGUAAAAAUUAUUGAAAAAGUAGCAGAAAAAACAGCCAAGGAUGCCCAGCUAGUAGAAGAUGUCAUUGACAAGGUUGAAGAAGUGGAGAAGGAUGUGGAAUCAUUAAUUGACCCUCUCAUUGAUCAAGCCAAGAAGACAUCUAAAGAACAAAAUAGCCAAAGUUAGACUUGGUGAAAUACAGGCCAUGUUGGCCUUGACUUGUAAUUUGUUGAACACAAACUCAAAUUAAAUGAGACAAUAUUAUUUAUUCUUUCUCUA